UUUUUGCAGAUGAGAAGACUGGAACGAAUUGUCAAUAUACAGAGACAGUGGUGUCGGCUGGUAUCCUCAACUCCGGCAGCAAUCUCUACAAUAUCGAAAAAUGCAGUGAAAAAUGGAGUAAAAAAGAAAGAAGAGGAAAAAGAUUGGAAAUCGGAAUUAUUGAAAAUUCUCGAAGUUGAGCAUAAACAAAAGAAACGUGGCAUUUGGCGGCAACGAGUAAAACAAAUUGCAUUGGCAGAUAUUGUUAGAUUUACUUUAAGAGAUGAUUUACAAUCAUUGGUUAGGUUAACUGAGAAUCAGUUAAGAAGUCGGGCUACUCAGGAGAUUGUGCCAAUUUGCUUGCUGGUGCUCAACAAGAAAUUCGAGAAAAUCCUCCGAAAAACUGAUUCCAUUGAAUCCACGUCAUCUCUAAGCCUAUUCAUCGGAAUAUCAGAACUAUGGAAAUCAAUUAAAAGAAGUGAAAAUAAUACGACAAGCCUUGUUGCAAUACUAUUAUUAAGUAACAUUAGAAAAUGGAAAGAUCAACGGAAAUUCGAUGCGAAAAGUUGGAAAACAAUUGAGGAUUUAUUUGAUGAAAUGCAACGAAAAAUGGCUUUAUUGGCACAAAAUGUACGGAUUUCCGACCAACAAUUGGAGGUUUUUAUUGGAACGGAAGAUUUGAAGAGUAUCCAGAAGGAAGUUGAUCAAAUACGGAAAUUUUAUAUUCCAUUGGGAAGAAAUUUGUUGGAGAAAAUGCGGUAUUUAGAGGAUUUGGAGCUUGUUGCACCGCUUCAAGGCAAUUGUUCUAGUGAAGAAUAUCGAAUGAAUCCGUUUCAAGUUGAUGGAAUUGAGAAAUCGAAUUAUAAACGAUUAUUUGAAGAUCAUUUAAAUGUAGAGUCUUCUAUGUGGAUACACGUCAAAAAUACUGUUGGAGAAGCAGCUGAGAAUAAUAAUGCAGUUUCUGGAGAAGAUUUGAUUUCCGAGUGGGAUUGGAAACGACGGAUUCGCGAUGGAUUAAGGAAGAUUGAUCCGAAUGAUACACAUCCGAUUGUAUCAACAUGUCUGGAACUCCUUCCUCGUGAAAAACUCGUGGAAACUCUACAUUUCUCUGCAUUAUCCGCAUGCUCACAAGGACAAAAUCUAAUUGGAGCAUCUCAAUUUCAAUUUGAUGUACUUGAACCAAUACUUAAAGAAUUGGGAAAUGCAUUCAAAAAAGAAAUGGGUUACGAUGAGAAUGAGAUCUGGAAACGCGUAUUCGCCACGUAUAUCGAUUAUUUCUCGGAUUCGGAAAUUUCGCGUCAAAAUACACACAGAGAAUGGUGGAAUAAAUCGUGUAAAACGCAAGGAAUCACUUCAGAUUUUCAAUUUGAAAUGGGAAAUAUGGAUUCAGAGACACGAAAUGAAGUGUGCAAUGUUCUGAUUAAUGUCAUUUUUGAUAGUUGUCUAUUUCCGUACGAAUCGAAAGAUUCGAAAGUGACGUGGCAACGUGCCUUCUCAUACCGUUCAAUAUCAAUAGAAGAAGAAUCAAAAGUCUCGACAGACGGACGUCUAUCACUAUCAAGAAUGUUAUCGAUAAAUUCGAAAUUAAUGGGAUUAUUCGACAAAAAUCCAUUCAAUUUCAUCGUUUUCUCCACUUCAAACCUCCCAAUGAUCGUUCCACCACGUCCAUGGAUUGAUAGAGGUACGGGCGGUCCAUUGUAUACUACUUCACAGCACGAGAUUAUCCGGAAAAUGAUGGAAUUCCGGGCGGUACGGUUGAAUGAAGAGAUGAGAGCAAGAAUUACGAGUCAAGCACAAGCACGGCCGGUUUUUGAUGCACUUAAUCAACUGGGAUCGACGCCUUGGGUUAUUAAUGAACCAAUGCUGGAUGUGCUGAAAGAUGUAUUCGGUAGAUCUGGAAACUCGGAAUCUAGAGGUCUUUUGGAGAAGUUGGAGAUUCCUAUGAGACAUGAUACUUUUGAUAUUCCGGAUUUUGGCAGAGAAUUUGGAAUUGGAAUCAAAAAAGAGGAUGUAGAUGUUGAAAAGUUUCGAAGUUAUGCGAAAAAGAAGGCCGAGGCGAUUAAAAUGAGAAACGAGAGCAAUUCACUAUGGUGUUGGAUGCAAUAUCGUGUCGUCCUCGCCGAUCACUUCCGUGGCCAAACCCUCUUCUUCCCCCAUAACAUGGAUUUCCGUGGACGUGUCUACCCACUCUCCCCAUAUUUGUCACAUAUGGGUGACGAUGUGAAUCGAUGCAUUUUAAAGUUCGCGAAAAGUCAGAAACUCGGAGAAAAAGGAUUCGAUUGGUUGAAACUUCAUUGUAUUAAUCUAACAGGAACAAUGAAACGAUCAAGUGUAGCUGAUAGAAUGGUCGAAGCAGAACGUCUUAUUCCAUUAAUGUUGGAUUCCGCCCGCGACCCGCUUAAUGGUCAGAAAUGGUGGAUGUCAUCUGAUGAACCAUGGCAGACACUUGCCGCUUGUGUUGAGAUCGAAAAUGCUACUCGGUACGGUAGUGACGUGGCACUGUUUCCAAGUCAAUUGCCAAUUCAUCAGGAUGGAAGUUGUAAUGGAUUACAGCAUUAUGCGGCAUUGGGAAGAGAUAAUGAGGGUGGAGUACAGGUUAAUUUGACACAAUCCGAUACGCCGAAUGAUGUGUAUUCUGAUGUGGCACAGAGAGUCGAGCAAAAACGGCAACAAGACGAACAAUCGAACGGUGAGGAUUGUGACGUGGCACGUAAACUUCGAGAAGCUCUUCCACAAAAUGUACCGCGAAAAGUGAUCAAACAGACAGUAAUGACUACGGUAUACGGUGUAACAAUGUAUGGAGCAGUACUACAGAUUAAGAGACAAUUGAAGGCUAUGGAUAUACCUGGAGAAGAUGCGGCAAUAUUCGCCCGUUACCUCGCCCGAAAGACGUUUGCCAGUCUAAACGACGCGUUCACAAGUUCAAUGGCUCUAAAAGAUUGGUUCCGACUGAUUGCAAAAGGAUCAAGUGAUUUAAUGAAGACAGUUGAAUGGAUUACACCCCUUGGACUACCAGUUGUACAACCAUAUUGCAAACUUGUCGAACGAAAGGGAAAAUUGAUUCUGGCACCUGUUCCGAUGAAACAAGUCGACGCUUUUCCGCCGAAUUUUGUGCAUUCUCUGGAUUCUACACAUAUGAUGCUCACCUCGUUGAAUUGUGCACAGAGAGGAAUCACAUUUGCCGCAGUUCACGAUUGUUUCUGGACGCACGCCAAUUCGGUAGAUCAAAUGAAUGAAAUUUGCCGCCAACAAUUCGUUUCUCUGCAUUCUCAGCCAAUCGUUGAGCAAUGCUCGGAAUGGUUCAAAAAGACGUACUUGACACCGAAAAUGGCGAAAAUUCUGCCGGAAAAGGAUUUCCAGAAAUAUUCGGAAAUUUUCACGGCCAACAUUGAACACGGAGAUUUGGAUAUCGAGAAAGUCAAGGAUUCUGUUUAUUUUUUUAGUUAGAAGUGUUUUUUUUGUUGAUUUUUUACUUGUUACUUCAUAAAUUUUUGUUUUAAUGUGAUUGAAAAUUGAUUCAAAAGAGAGCGCUGGAAUCAGAAAAUGAAUACUUUCACAAAAUACUUUUUACUUAAAAAAGGACAUUUUUUUUAAGGGAUUUUAAG